GUGACGUCAUCAGCACGCGCCAGCAGCCCCGAGCCACGUGAGCGGAUGAUGUAAACAACCGCAGCGCUAGACUCCUCUGCUGUCCGUCUGUCUUUAUGAGCGAGAUCGGCCCUUCACUCUGCCGCGCGUCUCCCGCAGAUCAUGCCCCGCGACCCCGACCCUCCUCCGGCGAAGAGAUUUAAGCCGGGCUCUCCCUUCUUCCGCCUGGAUAAGAAGAAGCCGGGCAUGCUGCUGCCCAGAGCCGGACACGCGGCCGUCGGCGUGGACACACAGCGCAAACAGCUGCCCAUCUAUCAGAGCAGAACACAGCUCAUCAACCAGAUCCGACAGCUGCACAAUGCUGUGUUCAUCGGUGAGACGGGCUCAGGUAAAACCACGCAGAUACCGCAGUACCUGUAUGAGGCCGGCAUCGGCCGGCAGGGCAUCAUCGGCAUCACUCAGCCGCGCCGCGUCGCCGCCAUAUCACUGGCAGCACGCGUGGCCGAAGAGAAGAAGGUCCAGCUGGGAAAACUGGUGGGCUACACGGUGCGCUUUGAGGACGUCACGUCGUCGGAGACCAAGCUGAAGUUCAUGACGGAUGGGAUGUUGCUGCGGGAGGCGAUAGGCGAUCCGUUAUUACUGCGCUACACCGUGGUGAUCCUGGACGAGGCUCACGAGCGCACCGUUCACACAGAUGUGCUGUUCGGCGUGGUGAAGGCCGCUCAACGCAAGCGCACCGAACAGAACAAAAUACCUCUGAAGGUUGUUGUGAUGUCUGCCACCAUGGAUGUGGAUCUGUUCUCUCAGUACUUCAACAAAUCACCGGUUCUGUAUCUGGAGGGCCGACAGCAUCCCAUUCAGAUCUACUACACCAAACAGUCUCAGUCCGACUAUCUGCAGGCAGCGCUCGUCUCCAUAUUUCAGAUUCACCAGGAAGCUCCAGCGUCGCAUGAUAUCCUGGUGUUCAUGACGGGUCAGGAGGAGAUUGAAGCGCUGGCUCGCACCUGUCGGGACAUUUCCAAACACCUGCCGGAGAGCUGCGGGCCGAUGACGGUGGUGCCGCUCUACGCCUCGCUGCCGCCGGCUCAGCAGCUGCGGGUGUUUCAGCCCGCGCCCAAGGGAUCCAGGAAGGUGGUUCUCUCCACAAACAUCGCGGAAACCUCCAUCACCAUCUCCGGCAUCAAAUACGUGAUCGACACGGGGAUGGUGAAAGCCAAGCGCUACAAUCCAGGCAGCGGUCUGGAGGUGUUAGCGGUCCAGCGCGUGUCUAAAGCUCAGGCGUGGCAGCGCUCCGGUCGAGCCGGGAGAGAAGACGCCGGCUCAUGUUACCGUCUCUACACUGAAGAGGAGUUUGACAACCUCGCCAACAUGACCGUACCCGAGAUACAGAGGUACGGCCCACACACCGUCUGCAGAGUGUGUUCUUCUGCGUCUGCACAGACUCUGCUGAUCUCUCCUGAGUUCUCCUGCGCUGAGGAGGUUCUGACCAUCAUCUCGCUCCUCUCCGUCGACUCGGUCCUCUACAAUCCUCCCGCGCGCAGAGACGACGUCCUCGCCGUCCGCAAGAAGUUCAUCUCCAGCGAGGGCGACCACAUGACGCUCCUCAACAUCUACAGGGCCUUUAAGAAAGUCAGCGGAAACAAGAUGAACAUGAAGCUGGAGUCUUCUCUGUCGGACCUGACGAACGUGCGGCGCUGUCUGGCUCACGGUUUGUUCAUGAACGCGGCGGAGCUGCAGCCGGAUGGCUCUUACGUGGCUCUGGACACACACCAGCACGUGGCCAUCCAUCCCUCAUCCGUCCUGUUCCAGGCCAAACCCGCCUGCGUGCUCUUCAGUGAGCUCCUGCACACGUCUCGCUGUUACAUGAGGGAUCUGUGUUUGGUGGACGCUGAUUGGCUGCAGGAAGCCGCGCCGGAGUAUUUCCGCCGGAAGCUGCGCGCGACCAAGAGUUAACACUGUUUCUGAAGACUGCAUGAUGGAAAGAAAAAAGCCAAGCAUUCCAACAGUUCAUCUACUGACGCAUAUUGUGAAAAAACGGUCGGUUUUUUCACAAUAUGCAUCAGUAGAUGAACUGUUGGAGCGCUUUGCUUUUUUGAAUUUGAUAUGCAACACGUUAGGCAGUUUUUGCCAAAGAGUUUUGCUUUGUUAACUUUUCUAGAAGUGAAUGAGUUUUUUCUACUUGCUGUAAAUCUUAAGAUGUCCCGCCUGUUUCUAGCUCUUUUACAAACUGCUGACGUCUGAUUGAAUGAAAUUCAGGAUCACUUCCUCGAAUGUCUGCAUGUGUUUUUGUUCAGGUCAAUGCAUUUGUCAUAAAACUUGACUAGUAUGUUGAGUGUUUUGGGAUCGAGUUUACCUCUGAAUAAGUUAAGAUUAAUACAGAUAUGUGUGAAUGAAGCUGGAGAUCAGUAUUGUGAUGUCUGGGUCAUAUUUCAUCUCAAAAAAUAUAUUUUGCAUAAAGCAAAUUAAGCCUAUUGUUAAUUUUGAGGCAGGGUUAUUGUAGUUAACUAAUACUAAAA